UUAACAAAUUAAUUUGGCAGCUAGAUUGGUAAGGGUAGACAACAGAUGGGGCUUAUCAAAUUUCGCUUAGCUAAUCCGGAAUCAAUUCGACAUCGUCGCGACAAGUUCGAUAAGAACCAGCUGCUGAAAGCGAUCCACAGCUGCAGAGCGAGCUGGGAGCGGACGAUGAAUAAUCUACUGCAGGAUAUACAAAACAAAUACUCAUUUCUGGAUAAUCUAUUCAGUCACGUAUGGAAAUGCAUUAUUCGAUCGAAUCUGAAGCUCAAGCUCCAACUGCGAAAUAUUCAGUGGAAGAAUGCCAAAGCAAAGCCCGGCUGUGCCUAUCAACCCACAGAAAUCGAACAGGUGGCUAAUGUUAUUACCCAUGGCAUUUGGAUAGUUCCCGCCGUUUUUGCCGUCAUCAAGCUCUUUGAGCGCUCCAACAGCUAUAGCCAAUAUUUAGUCUCAUGGGUCUAUGGCACUGCGCUCUGUAUGCUGUUCACAGUUUCCACGUUUUUUCACUGCUCUUGCUACUGUGCCGAACACAAACCGCCAAAAAAUUAUAAUGCUUGGCCCACAUUCGGCUGGCAGACGUAUCAGAGUCUAAAGAAUGUCUUGCAUCGUUGCGAUCGUGCCAUGAUCUAUGUGUUUAUUGCCGGCUCAUAUUUUCCCUGGCUGACGCUGGAGAAUACCGACCAUUCGGCUAUACUCUUCUGCAUGGAAUGGAUUAUUUGGCUAAUGGCUGCCAUUGGGAUUGCUUACCAACAACUCUAUCAUGAACGCUACAAAUGUCUGGAGACCUUCUUCUAUAUUGUCAUGGGCCUGGGUCCGGCGCUCGUAGUCAUGCUCACGGGACAUCAUUUCAAUGGCAUGCUGCAGUUGAAGUUCGGCGGUGCCUUCUAUAUACUGGGCAUUAUAUUUUUUAAGUCAGAUGGUUUGAUUCCCAUGGCGCACGCCAUUUGGCAUCUGUUCGUGGUGCUCGCCGCCGGCUGUCAUUAUUAUGCGAUUUUAGUAAACUUAUAUCCGAAUGACUCCAAUCAUUUACAAACUAGUAGCUAAGUUAAUGCUAAGUAUGGGCAUAGCUCACGGCUCACGGCUCCAAGGACCUUAUCGUUGAAUGUACUUAACUAACUGACCAACGGUUCCAUUAAUGGUAGAUGGUGACCCACCAAAACUCCAUUUGAUUACGAAUUUUUAUUUUUUUUUAGUUCUUUAUUUUAUUUUUUUUUUUUGUCAUAUUUUUUUAUGCUAGUUUUUGAGAUAAAUGAAUGUAUUCCUUCCUACCAACAACCCAUAUAAGUUACUACUCCAAAAUUAGCCAAAUUUUGUACAAAGUUUAUAGUAUUUAAAUAAUUUGUUCUUGUGUGGUAUGAGUUGGGUUUCGCAAACGGAUUUAUAUAUUGUACGAUAGCUGUAGUUCUAGAUAUAGUAAGUUAUCAAAUUUGUUAGAAUAAGGUAACGGAUUUUAAAGAUAUUCGAUAAUGAAAACGUAUCUUGUGAUCAACAUCUGCGGUCUUGCCAAAGAUUGGAAUGGAAA